CACGGCGAGGAUAAAGCAAGAUGGCGUUUGACGGUGAAGACGUUAUUGCAGUCGUCACAGUUCAGUGUUCUUGAUCUGUGCCCCCAUGUACACAUAUAUGUCCUUUAUUAGACUCUAGUAAAUAGAGUAAACAUCGUUAAUAACUGUUUGCAUCCGGUUAUAUUAGUCUGAGCGCACUUUGAUGCUUCUCGAGCUAGCUUAGCCUGCUAGUUAGCUUAGCGUGUUAGCUGCUAACAAAGAGAGGCGGAAGUGAUCAAAACACAUCGCUAAGCAGAGAUCAAGUGUGCGAAAGAACAAUAGCAGAGUACGACGAGGAACUUUGUCCAACAAAAGAGGAGAAGGAGCGACAACAUCAAAAACAUCAAGUUGUGUUACACAGAACAGACCUUGAUGACGAACAUCUUCCUCAUGAGCAGGAGGAGGAACCACAAUUCCCCCGCAUACAUGAGGAAAAAGAGAUCCCACAUUCCCAACACAUUAAAGAGGAAGGAGAGGAGCCACAUCCCCCCCACAUUAAAGAGGAAUACGAGAUGCCACAGACCCAUAAUGUUAAACUGACCCUUCACAUUAAAGGGCAAGCGGAGGACCCACAGAUCUUACACAUCAAAAAUGAAGAAGAGGACCCACUGAACCCUCACUGUAAAGGGCAAGAGAACCCGCUGACCCCUCACAUUAAAAAGGAAGAGGAUGACUCACUGACCCCCUACUUUAAAGAGGAAGCGGGGGACAAAGAACCGCCAUACAUUAAAACUGAAGAGCUGGAACACCACAUCAGUCAGCCUAAAUGGUUGGAGGAGUUCCCAGUGACUGGUGUCCCUGUGAAGAGUGAAGAUGAUGAGGUCAAAAGUGAAAGUGAGGAGAGGGGAGGGGGGGAGCCUCCAAGCAGCAGCUCAACACAACACAUGACAACAGAAGCUGAUGGAGGCCACUGUGGAGGAUCACAAGCAGACAAGCUCUUAGCUCCACUAUCAGAUAGUGAGGACACAACGUCACACUCUUCUGAAACUGAUGAUGAAGACUCUAAAGAUGACAAGACAUGUCACACUGACAACACUCACUUGAAAUGUUCUCACUGUGACAAAACCUUUAAACACAAUUGGCAUCUGAAAAGACACAUGAGAACUCACACUGGAGAAAAACCUUUUUCCUGCUCAACUUGUGGUAAAGGUUUUACACAAAGUCAACAUUUGAAAGUACACACUGGAACACACACUGGUGAAAAACCUUUUAUCUGUUCAAUAUGUGGUAAAGGUUUUGUAGAAAGUCACAAUUUGACAUUACACAUGAGAACACACACUGAUGAUAAACCUUUUAUCUGUUCAAUGUGUGGUAAACGUUUUGUUGUAAGUCACAAUUUGAAAGUGCACAUGACAACACACACUGGUGAAAAACCUUUUUCCUGUUCAAUCUGUGGUAAAGGUUUUACACAAAUGGAACAUUUGAAAAGACACAAGAGAACACACACUGGUGAAAAAUCACAUUCGUGUUCAAUCUGUAGUAAAUAUUUUGUACAAAGUCAACAUUUGAAAGUACACAUGAGAACACACACUGGUGAAAAACCUUUUUCCUGUUCAAUCUGUGGUAAAGGUUUUACACAAAUUCAACAUUUGAAAAGACACAAGAGAACACACACUGGUGAAAAAUCACAUUCCUGUUCAAUCUGCAACAGAAGCUUUUGUGACCAAUCAAGCCUUGUAGUGCACAUGAGAAGACACACAGGAGAGAAAGUGUUGAGUUGCAGGGUGUGUGGUGAAAGAUUCUCUUAUAAGUACCAGUGUGAGAAACACAAGUGUGCUGGUGAGAACAGCAGCAGCAAAUGAAACUGCAGGAUUUGAAAUAAACUGUCAAGACUUUAAUUUUGACUUUCUAACAACAUCAGCACAUAUAACAUGUGUGACAUUGUUGUUUGUGUUUCUACAUUUAUAGAUUACAUAUUUUACUUUAGUGCUUUUGUCAGUCAAGUACAUGUAUUAAUAUGUAACAUUGUGUACUUUUAUUAAAAAUUGAACAACACGUCACAACUUUUCUGGUCAGACUUCCAGCAAAGCAUUGGUGUCCUCCGUAAAGGACACGUACGUAUUUGUCAUGGAAAAGCACUCACAUGUGAUUUGUUGAAUACAAUUAACAAUCUGUCUUCCAAAAUGGCAGCUCGCCUAUUAUAAAGGCACAAGAAAACUAAGUUAUUGUGUUUUUCAAUGUUAAAAAGCUGCGUUUUUCAAGCACAAGUCUUCAAUCAGUUGUCAGACGGGGUUUUGGUAAGAUUAAAUCAUUUUUAAGACACAUUUCCUUAUGUCCUCUGUAAUGUUCCAUGUUCUGAAUAAAACAACAGUUUGUCUUCCUCA